AUGGGCAGAUGCUUUGUUCUCAAGAGAUUCGGUGGCGAAGCAGAACGUCAAAAGGUAGAAUCCUUCUUGGCCAACAUUCAUGAGACGUGGACUGAUCACUUGAGUCAAAUUGACUGGCUUGACAAUCAGACAAGAGCCACUGCUGCUCAAUUUGAAGAAAAGACGAAAUGCUUUAUUGAUCAAUAUUCCAAAUUCGCUGUUGCUGGUCCCAACAAUUCAACUCUCAAUGUCAAUGGCGCAUUGACCUUGGCUGAAAACUUGGCUGACAACGGUGGCGGGAAACUCUCAAUAGCUGCUUACAAGAGGCUCAACAAACAAGAGCAAAAGUUGCCUGGUUUAGAGAACAUGUCUCCUGAAGCUUUAUAUUUUGUCAACCUUGGUCGCUCUUGGUGUAGCAAGCAAAGAGACGAAGUUGCUCAGUUUUCGAUCUAUGUGGAUACGCACUCACCUCCAAACUUUCGUGUUAAUGGUAUUUUUCAAAACAGCGUUGAAUUUGCAAAUACAUUCAAUUGCCCUGCUGGCAGCCCAAUGAAUCCAGAAACAAAAUGUUCCAUGUGGUAG